CCACUCCAUCAUCAUCAACAAGCAAAGCAAUCAAUAACUCCAUUCGCUAAUAGAUCCGUAAUUGUCACCCCCAUCCAACACCACCUCAAUCAACCAAAACCCCCCUGGGUCCAUUAGAGGUAGUGGAUACAUGACAUCCGUGCCUCUCCCUCCCAUGUCCGAAGACCUGGGGUUCCCCUUAUCAACUCAUUGAAGAUGAAUCCUCACAUCUCCGUCCCCCGCCAACAUGCCAGCCCGGCCAGCUUCGGCGGCACCACCCCAGCAAGCCGCGGGUCUAGUAUCCGCAUGCCGCGAUUCUUCAAGAGGUUGUUCAAGUUCCCGCAAAUGGACUUUGAGAUGGCCAUCUGGGAAAUGACAUCUUUGUUGAUUGCGCCAAAGAAGGUCUUCAAGUCAAUCUAUUACCAUGUGAAAACGAAAAACACCUGGCACCGUCCGGAUCCCUCGUUCACCUACCUCCUCUCUUUCUUCCUCCUGCUCACCGCCCUCGCCUGGGGACUCGCGUAUGCGCCCUCCUUCGGCGCCAUUGUCCGGCUCUCACUACUCUUUAUCUUCGUUCACUUCAUCGGCUCGUCCUUGCUGGUCUCGACAGUCGGAUACUUUGCGAUCCCACGGUUGUUCGGGCCCGAUGGCGCAGCCGCAUCGCUGACGGGAUUCCGCGGCGGUCGUGGACGGAGACGCGGCGCAGCGCAAGGCCUGUUCACGCAGCCGGGAGAGAAGGACCAGCUUGAGUUUGGAUACUGCUUUGAUGUAUCGAAUCGGGCCUUCUUCCCUCUGUAUCUGCAUCUCUACGUGGUCCAGUUCCUGCUCCUCCCGCUGCUCCAGCGCAGCCCGAGCAACUUCCUGGCCACCUUCCUGGGGAACACCCUUUACCUGUCGGCCAUAACUUACUACACCUACAUCACAUUUCUCGGAUACAAUGCGCUUCCAUUCCUCCACAACACGGAGCUUCUGCUGCUCCCCAUCCUGGCAUUUGCGGUGCUGUGGCUGGUGAGCCUGAUUGCGGGAUGGGGGAUAGUGGCGCAAGGCCGGGGAGUGGAAGGACUGUUCUGGGGCGCAUGAUUGUCACCGCACAUGUCAUGCUACACACAUCUUCUACACGUUCUUGUGCAAGUAGUUUGUCGUUUCCGUUUCGGCGCCGGUGUAUAUGGUGAUCUUUGGUCUAUUUUAUGUCUGUUCUGUCCGUUCAGGAAAUGGGUCCGGGAGCAUAAUGAUUGCAUAGGUUUGUUCUGGUGGUCUCUGUUAUACUUUGCCCAUAUGAGGGCAGGCAAAAGACAUAUGAUUCAUACUGUACAGCAUAGCUGGGUUAUAUAGCGUCUAUCAUAGACUCAUAUCUGCUA